UUACACGCACCAAUAAUAGUACGCGUCUAACAUAAACUCGCGCGUGUCCUGAUGGGGUUAGGUAGUAGACUUUCAGGUCGGUCUUAAAUGGUGACCUUUGCUAUAUGUAUGUAUCUAUAUCUAUAUAUCAAUCAAUCGGCGUGCCCUAAUUUCUCGACUACUCACUCACACACACACACACACAAUCUUUGCAGGGGUGUUCUGAGAUCACAUACAAAAAUGGUGAAGGCAGUCACAGUUCUUAACAGCAGUGAAGGUGUUAGUGGCACCAUUUUCUUCACUCAAGAGGCAGAAGGUGCUCCCACAACUGUUACUGGUGACAUUUCUGGCCUUAAACCCGGACCACAUGGUUUCCAUGUUCAUGCGCUUGGUGACACAACCAAUGGAUGCAUGUCAACCGGUCCUCACUACAAUCCUCAUGGAAAGGAGCAUGGUGCCCCUGAUGACGAGAUUCGCCAUGCUGGCGAUCUUGGCAAUGUCACAGUAGGCGAAGAUGGUACUGCAAAGUUCACCAUUGUUGAUAAGCAGAUUCCACUAAUUGGAGGUCAAUCCAUCAUUGGAAGAGCUGUGGUUGUCCAUGCUGAUCCUGAUGAUCUUGGAAAGGGAGGGCAUGAGCUAAGCAAAAGCACUGGAAAUGCUGGUGGAAGAGUUGCAUGUGGUAUCAUUGGAUUGCAGGGUUGAUUAUGCCAAAUGGAAUCUGUGGUUUAUGUUGGUCAAUAAAAGUAGUCUUGAUGCUGCUUGAUUAUGUUUUGAGUGUAUGUUUUUUUUUUUAAAAAAAAGCUAUGUUUGGCUCUUGACAUGAACACUUAUUUUUAGAAAAAUGGGUUGCGUGUUUGUUUGAGAACUA